ACUCUUGUCCCUCGGCGCGCUCCGUUGGAGGCGGGAGUUGUUCGCUUGCCGCCGGGGUUGCGGCUCAGCGCGGAGAGCCGGGCCGGGCCGGGCGCGGAGUGGGUGUGACGCCCUGCCUCCCCUCCAUGGCCUUCCGACGGGUCGUGGCGGUCACGGCCGCCGCCGCGUGCGGCUUGGCCGGCGGCUCGGUGCUCUUCUCGGCGGUGCCGGUGGCCAAGCAGCAAGUGGACAAGGCCGGCGGGGGCGAGCCGCGUUUCGCGGAGCCGGCGCUCUCCUCCUCCUCCGCGUCGGGCCCGCCGCCUCCAGGCCUGCUGCUCCUGCCUUCGCCCGCCGCCUCCCUCUCCGCCGCCCCCGCGCCCGCCUGGCUGGAGAAGACCAACGGCUGCGGCUUCUGGGACAGCAACUGGGACAGACGAGAACCCUUGGCCCUGAUGAAUCUGAAGAAGAAAAACCAAGAGACUGGAGAAGAGGAGGUCUCUGCUCGCCUGUCCCACUACAAAGCAAAAGCCACCAGGAACAUAUUCCUCAUACGCCACUCUCAGUACAAUACAGAUGGGCAAAAUGAUAAAGAUCGGAUCCUGACACAGUUGGGCCGUGAGCAAGCAGAGUUGACGGGGAAAAGGCUUGCCAGCUUGGGACUGAGAUUUGAUAAAAUUGUACAUUCUUCUAUGACCAGAGCAACUGAGACCACCAACAUCAUCAGUAAAUAUCUUCCUGGGGUGACAAAAUCAAGCACAGAUUUGUUGCGUGAGGGAGCACCAAUUGAACCAAAUCCUCCCAGCUCUCACUGGAAACCUGAAGCAGUGCAGUAUUAUGAAGACGGGGCCCGCAUUGAAGCUGCAUUCCGAAACUACAUCCACCGGGCCGAUGUAAAGCAGGAAGAGGAUAGCUACGAAAUCUUUGUUUGUCAUGCCAAUGUCAUUCGUUACAUAGUUUGCAGAGCAUUGCAGUUCCCUCCAGAAGGCUGGCUUCGGAUCUCCCUCAACAACGGCAGCAUCACCCACUUGGUGAUCCGUCCAAGUGGCCGAGUGGCUCUUCGGAUGCUUGGGGACACAGGGUUUAUGCCUCCAGAGAAAAUCACGCGCAACUAAGGGAGCCUUUCUGGAGCACUUUGUGUCUGUACAACUGUGGUAUAGGCGUCUGGCUCGGUGGGAUAUGAGGUUUCCCAAUGCUAAUCAACCAAUGCCUACUCUCCCCCACAUCCUUGCUUCAUUUGUAUGUAAACAGGAAGCUUUUUCAGCCAAGGGGGAAAAACCUAUUGCAAUGUAACUUUGGACUUGCCUGAUUCUCCUACACUGCGACAGUAACUGGUGGCUUUGCAGCAGUAGUUAAUGGAAGGAAGAUCCUAUUGAGACUGUCUACCUAUUGAACUCAUGUUGGGUGGACUUUUUCUUGGCUGACUAACAGAAAACAGCUGUAGCUUCUAACCAAAGUCUAUUCCUGUGUUUAGAGCCUCCCCCCCCCCCCCUUUCUGUAGGAGGAAGAUAAAAGUGCUGCAGGCUCAGAAAACAAUUGUCAAAAAUUCAAACAUUUUUAUAUCCAGAUACUAAAGCUGUAUCGUGAGCAGGAAGUAUUUCACUCUCUAGACAUUGGACUACACAUUCCAUCAGCUGCAGCCAGCGUAAAUACAAGAAAAGGAAUGUUGGGGAUUGCAAUCCAGUGCCAUCUGGAACAGGGUCAGCGGCUGCACUGCAAAUGCCAUUCAAGUGUCAGCAAGUUAAAUCUUAGGCUGUGAUCUAACUAUACCAAGAAGCCGGGACCCUCCUGAUGUGAGCCAAAAAAUAGUUGUUUCCAGGUUGAAGAGAUAUUCUUCCUGGACAUAGGAGUCCCUUCUCACUAAUCUAAGACCAACUUGACCACUCCUGCAUCUCUGCAAUGAUUAACUGUUAGAACCACCUAGUCUUUUUUUUCACCCUCUUCCUGGGAGAAGAAACCUCUGGGAUACUUAGGUGCUAAUUAUAACAAAUUUAGAAGUGGGGCUUCCAUGACUAUAAGAUCCUUCCGUCCUCGAGGGAAAUGGUGGUUGUCUUUUUAAAUCAAUACGCAAAAAAAGUUAUGACAAAUGUCGGAAAAAAAUAAAUGUUUUGACUUUCACAAA